AGUCUAUCCAGUUAUUAUUAUGUACGUUGUACUAUUGGAGUGAUAGAGUUUUUCUCUACUUAACCAUUCAAUAUUUCUCAAACUCUCCUUCCUCUCUUUAACCUCAACAGCCAACUGGACGCACGUCGCCAUGCUCGCCGUGCGCAACUCUCGAUUCACACUGUGCAUCCUGGUACUAGUAUUCAUAUCUUUCCUCUUCUUUGCCCGCUCCGACCGCCACCUGUCCCUUCCAUUGCCUCUUCCGCUGCCCUUCUCCGACAGUGCGCUGCGCGAGAAACUGAUGGUGGAGGAAUUCCAUUACAACAGAAUGCUCGAGGGGAGAGCAAAACUCAUUGAAAAGUGGGGUCCGACCCCUAGCAAAGUCGACCCAUUCCCUUCGCAUGGCGAAUUCUACACUAUCUGGGACUUCUUCCUCCCAUCUUUCAACUGUCCCCACCGUGUGGAACGCGUCGGCGUCAUGGGAGAUGGUGGCAAAUGGGUCUGUGGGUUAGAGCGCAUCAUCCACAAAAGGAAAUGCGUUAUGUAUUCGUUCGGUAUCAAUGGCGAGUCUUCCUUCGAGGCUGAUAUCAUGAAAGCAGCGCGCAGCUGCGAACUCUAUGGAUACGACUUCAGCGUUAACUCCUUCGGCCCAGAGAUAGACGAGGAUCCUGAACUCGAGCAGCGUUCACAUUUCUUUCCAUAUGCACUUGGCCCCAAAGACGCCCAUUCACCCGUGGACGACCCGAAAAUGUAUACGCUACGGACCCUCAUGGAUAGGAAUGGGCACGACUUCAUCGAUAUCCUCAAAAUCGACAUCGAGGGAAAUGAGUAUGACUCGUUCGAAGCGUUCAUCGAUAGCUUUGGCGGAGAACCGCUCCCGAUUGGCCAGCUUCAAAUCGAGAUACAUGUAUUCAAGGAUCAGCCAUGGAACGACUUUGCAAAGGUAUUGAAGUGGUGGGAGAAACUCGAAGCAGCAGGUCUGAGGCCGUUCUUUUCGGAAUCGAACCUCGUCUACACGAACCUUAUUCGGGGCGCGCGUCCAGAACUUAUCGAGUAUUCUUUCAUUAAUAUCCGAGGGAACCACGAGUUGAUAUCGAGUCACCCGCGGCGCUACUCUGUUGUGCAUUGACAACUGCCUACCCUACAUCCCUACCGUACCCUGGGCUCAUCACCGCGGGGACACAGCACGCACACUCUUUCCGCGAAUUCCAAUAUACUUGUUGAAUACGCACACUCGCGGACCUCGUGAAAUAAUGGUACAGAACACCGCCUCAGCACUCCUGUCAUAGAUAGACACGUAUACUACAGCUUCGUUGAAUUCACGCUCGUUUUGGAUCCGGA